GAGGGAGGGCAAAGAGCAAACCCUUCCUACCCCAACUGAAACCCGCAGAGAUCAAAUCAGAGUUGAGAGUGCGAGAAAGCAUUAGAACUAGUGAAGCAACAACGAUUCCUUUGUGUUUUAGGUUAGGUAUUGUCUACUUUUACGAAUGAGGGGUAGAAAUUACAGCUACAGCCCAUCACCACCAAGGGGUUACAGCAGACGAGGUCGGAGUCCCAGCCCCAGGGGUCGUUAUAGAGGUCGUAGUAGAGAUCUUCCUACUAGCCUUUUAGUUCGCAACCUUCGCCAUGAUUGUAGGCCAGAAGACCUCCGCAGGCCAUUCGGGCAAUUUGGUCCUAUUAAGGACGUAUACUUGCCAAGAGAUUAUUAUACGGGAGAACCCAGGGGCUUUGGUUUUGUCCAGUAUGUAGACCCUGUUGAUGCUGCAGAGGCUAAACAUCAGAUGGAUGGACAAAUUCUUCAUGGCCGGGAGUUGACUGUUGUAUUUGCUGAGGAGAAUAGGAAAAAACCAUCUGACAUGAGGGCGAGAGAACGGUCAAGUGGUAGGGGUCGAGUGUAUGAUAGGAGACGGUCUCCCUCACGUUAUUCCCGAUCUCCACACGCAAGAUCUCGGUCUCACAGUCCUAGUUACUCUCCAUCCCCCAGGCGGAGGCAUUAUUCAAGAUCUGUUUCGCCUCAAGACAGAAGGUACCACCAAGAACCUUCCUACUCCUGCUCUCCUCCCUAUAAUGGCUCAAGGAGUCGGAGUCUGAGUCGGAGCCCUGGCCGCAGCCCUAGCCGCAGCCGUAGUCCAAGUGGGAGCCGGAGCCGGUCCCCUGAUGACUAUCCUAGGAAAGCAGGAAGGGAAAGAUCGUAUAGUCAGUGAAUCACUCUGGUUUGGGAAACAGUAUGCAUAAUCCAGUAUUCUAAUGACAAUCUUCAACAAUUAGUUUGAAUGA